CAUACACUUUAUAAAAAAAAGGAUAAUACAUAUAUAUACAUAUAUAUAUAUUCAGUGUAAACAAAAAUUGACAGAUUAAACUGAUUCGUUUUCGAUGAAAUUAUAAUCUACCAAGGAAACGCAAUUUAUUUAAAAAAAUGUUGCAGGCAACUCAAAAUAGGUCUAAAUUCGCUGUCAGGGGUCCUAUCGUACCAUCUUUGUGUUCAUGACUAUAAGGUAGCAAUAUGGUAUCCAUAUUUUGUCAAAUUUACGUAAAAAGUUUAAUUUUGUUGUAUUUUAGCUAACCUUAUCCUAAUCUGCUGCGUAUAGUUCUCGUAACCUGCUAUGAUUAUGACAAAAGUUAAUUUGACAAAAUCUGUAUCUCUUCUUGCAAUGACCCAUAUUUUGUUUGUAGUUGGAUGGGAUGUAUUCAUUAGUCAUAUUCCGUUGUAAAAAGUUUUGUCAAAUUAACAUCAGAUUUGCAAACCGUUUUACAACGGAAUACGACAACCGGAGAGGGACUUUUUGGACAAUUUGUCCAAUAGAAACUCUCGUUGCAAAACGUUUUACUUUUGGGAGUAAAUGGUUUCCGUUGUAAAAUGUUUUGCAACAGGAUCUGACUAAUUAAUACGCCCAUGAUUUAUUGCACAGUGCUAGAUAGAUGGACUGAAAACGCAUGCUCAAUCAGUGGACAAGUGUAUGGUUGAAUGAUGGAGGUGGCCUAUGUUUGUGAGUGGGAGAAGAGACCCAAGAGUAACCACUGUCCAACCAUCCCACUGGCGUGUGCCUGGUCCUGCAGGUACCUAGUUGCCUUUACCACAGACCUAAAAAAUGAAGAAGAUGAGAAAGAAGUCAGUCAUAUGGUCCACAUCAUUGACACAGAGCACCCAUGAGAUGUGUACUCCAUUUACUCUGGACAUGCCGAGGUCAUAUCCUGUCUGGAGUGGGACCAAUCAGGUUGCUGUCUGCUGAUGGAGACGGGCAGAUCAAGUGCUGGGCGAUGACAGAUCACCUGGUGAACAGCUGGGAGACUUCACUAGGGAGUGCAGUGGACGGAGACCCUAUCGUAGCUCUGUCCUGGCUGCAUAAUGGAGUCAAGCUGGCUCUGCAUGUGGAGAUGUCAGGCUCCACCAACUUUGGGGAGAAGUUUUCACGGGUCAGGUUCUCGCCGUCUCUCACGCUGUUCGGGGGUAAGCCCAUGGAAGGCUGGCUGGCAGUGACUGUGAGCGGCCUGGUCACGGUGUCCUUGCUGAAGCCCAACGGUCAGCUGUUGACCGCCAGCGAGAGCCUGUGUCGCCUGAGGGGCCGAGUUGCCCUGGCCGACAUCGCCUUCACCGGCGGGGGCAACAUCGUGGUGGCGGCAACGGACAGCAGUAGCUCCUCACCUGUGCAGUUCUACAAGGUGUGCGUGAGCGUGGUCAACGAGAAGUGUCGCAUCGACACGGAGUUGCUGCCCUCACUCUUUAUGCGCUGCACCACAGACCCGGUCAGGAGGGACAAGUAUCCGGCCGUCACACACCUCAAGUUCCUCACCAGGGAGAACUCUGAGCAGGUGCUGUUGUGUGCCUCCAGUCAGAUGGGCAGCAUCGUCGAGUGCUGGUCACUGCGAAAAGAAGGCCUCCCUGUUAAUAACAUAUUCCAGCAUCGCUCACCAGUAGUGGGUGAGAAACAGCCGAUGAUCUUGAAAUGGCGCAUCCUCUCAGCCACCAAUGACCUGGACCGCGUGUCGGCCGUUGCUCUGCCCAAGCUGCCCAUCUCCAUCUCCAACCCUGACUUAAAGGUGGCGUCGGACACAAAGUUCUGCCCAGGCCUCGGACUGGCUCUAGCCUUCCACGAUGGCAGCAUCCAGAUCCUCCACCGGCUAUCCCUCCACACUAUGGGCGUGUUCUAUGGCUCCUCCUCGGGCUCCUCCCAGCGGCCCGGGGACGAGCCGGCCAUCAAGCGGCAGCGUGCCGGCGGCCACACCGUCCACUUCAAGGCCCUGCAGUUCUCCUGGACCUCGCUGGACCUGGCCGGAGUGGACAACCGCGGGAAGCUGCACAUGAUCCGUGUGUCUCCCUCCAUGGGCCAGAUGUUGGACAUGAACACACUGCUGCGCCACCUGCUGUUCUUGCUGGAGUACUGCAUGGUGACGGGCUACGACUGGUGGGAUGUGCUGCUCCACGUGCAGCCGGGCAUGGUCCAUAACCUGGUGGAGAAGCUUCAUGAAGAGUACAUGAGACAGAACCAAGCCCUGCAGCAGGUAGAUAUCGAUAAGGUGAUGAUCAACCUGAAGACCGAGGAGUUUGUGCUGGACGGCCCCCCGCUCCAGUCUCUGCAGCAGCUCAUCCAAUGGGUGGGAGACUUUGUGCUCUACCUGAUGGCUAACCUACCCAAUCAGGGCUCCAUCGUGCGUCCCGGCUUUGGGUUCCUGCGCGACGGCUCGUCCCUGGGCAUGCUGCGUGAAAUGAUGGUGAUGAUCCGGAUCUGGGGCCUGCUGAAGCCUGGCUGCCUGCCCAUCUACACGGCCACCUCGGACAACCAGGACAGCAUGUCGCUCCUCUUCCGCCUGCUCACCAAGCUCUGGCUCGGCUCUCGGGACGAGGGCCACCCCCAGGAGCCUGAUGAGCCGCUGAUAGACGAGUGCUGCCUGCUGCCCAGCCAGCUGCUGGUGCCCAGCAUGGACUGGCUGCCCGUCAAUGACGGCAUCAUCUGCAAGCAGCAGGGCAAGCAACCUCUGCGGCUGCAGUUUGGCAAGCCCUACAGCCUUCCGGGUCUCAACUCCACCACCCAGGUGGAGAUCUUCUCUAGGAGCCCAGAGGAUGGAUAACCUACGUUGUCUCCACAUGGGAGUCUGCCCCACAGAGGAGAGCAAAGCCUGCACCCGGUGUGGCUGUGUGACCAUGCUCCGCUCACCCAACAAGACCAGCGCAAUGAAGCAGUGGGAGCGACGCUGGAUCAAGAACUGCCUGUGCGGAGGCCUCUGGAGAAGGAUUCCCUCCACACUGUCCUGAGAUCAGUCAACGGACAACUAUUGACUCUGACAAGCCCAUGGCCACCGCAAACCCCGACUCUAGAUCAGCCUUUAGAGUUUGUACAGUAGAUUGCACAGCGCUGCUGCCUCCUAGCAGAUGUCACGAAAGACAGAUUCCAUAUCCAAUAUGAUGAAGUAUUGGAUAUCAAUGCAGUUGUAUUGCACAUAUCGCCAUUUGGAAAGGCUGUGAUCAUGCUAUCAUUGUUUCCUACCUGUAAGUAGGAACCACGUUUUUCAUGUCCCUUUUUAUAUGCAAACGCGUGUCAAGAUAAUAAAGCUUCUUGAGGACCUUA